AUGGAAAGAGUGACCGUACGAAUGGCACGGUCCGAUCGCCGAACCCCAUGGGGGUUCGGUGUCACCGAAGCUCCAGAUGGUGCCGUUUUGAUUGUCAAUGUUAUCGGAGGCAGUUUGGCGGAUCGUGCUGGUCUUCGAAAUGGAGAUGUCGUUGAUAAAUUGGAAGAUUUGGACAAUUUGGAUAUCAACGCAGUUGAUCGACUCUUGGUGACGGCUCAUGAGAAAAUUGAGCUUAUUGUGACAAGGCAAUCUUCCGGUGCGCCAACAAGAAUUUGGCGUCCAGAAGUCACUGAAAAUACUGGUCCAACUCAAGAUCACACGCCGUUUCGUGUCAAUUUGCAGCAUUCGAGUGAUUCCCGCCCACCACAAGGUUUCAACAGCUCGGCGUUGCCAUUCGAGACGGACCAACGUGUCAAACAUAUGCAGUACAAUUCACCAUUGGGAAUCUACUCCGAUAAAUCGGCCGCUGAGCAAUACGUUCAACAGACACAGGGAUUCGUCGAGAAUCAAGGGUGA